AUGGAAUUUAUAGAGCUUAUCCUUAUAAAUAAGUUAGACGGAGUGAUAUUACGAUAUCCUCAUCAUGAUAACGUAGAUGGGACAGUGUGUAUAACUGGUCACCACCUCAUAUUAAGUUCAAGAAAAGAAGGUGUUCGCGAACUAUGGCUCUUGCACAGAAACAUAAACAGUAUCGAAAAAAAGGAGAACAAAUUGAGUGGUGGAGUCGUGCAAGGUGGUUUUCUGUAUUUAAAAUGUAAAGAUCUGAGAAUAUUCCAACUGGAUAUCAAUAACACCACAGAGUUAUCCUUGCUAGCUCAGACAUUGGAGAAUUUGUCAAGUAUACAGGACCCUACACUUUUCUACCCCUUCUUUUACAGGCAUAUGCAUCCCAUAAUGGAAAAUGGUUAUACUCUAUACAGUAUUGAAGGAGAAUUCACAAAAGUGAUAGCCACAGAGGAAUGGCGUAUAUCUAGAGUGAAUCAAAACUACACAGUCUGUCAAAGUUAUCCAAAAGCUGUGGUUGUACCAAAGUGUAUAGACGAUGAGACAUUGGCUGCGGCCGCCACAUUCAGACAGGGAGGACGCUUCCCUGUGCUCUCGUACAGACAUAACAAUGGUGCUGUUUUACUUCGAGCUGGUCAACCUCUAUAUGGUCCAAAACAUCGUAGGUGUCGUCCCGACGAGCAGAUUUUAAAUUCAAUAGUUAAUGUUGGUAUGAAGGGUGUCAUAUAUGAUCUCAGAAGCUCCAAUAUGAUCUCGCAACAGCAAAAUAAAGGUGGAGGCAGUGAGAGUCCAUCAAACUAUUCUCAAUGGAAAAUAUAUAACAGACCAAUGGAUGAAGUUGACAAUCAACAACCGCUGCUGGAGAGCUUCUCAAAACUGAUUGAAACUUGCAUAGAUCGUGAGAUAUCAUGCGACAAGUGGCUGUCUCGUCUAGAAUCUUGUGGGUGGCCGGAGUCAGUCAGAAACUCUCUACACACAGCAUGUAUCAUUGCACAACAUAUUCACCAGAGAUCUGAGCCAGUUUUGGUGCAUGGUACUAAAGGUGAAGAUGCUACCUUACUUGUAUGUUCCUUAGUACAAAUCAUCCUCAAUCCAGACAGUCGGACUAUCAGAGGACUGCAGGCUUUAAUCGACCGUGAAUGGCUGCAAGGCGGUCAUCCCUUCCAGAGCCGCGUCACUUCCGGUCCGUAUUCCUCCCGGCCCCGCGCCGCACCCACCUUCACCCUCUUCCUGGACUGCGUGAGGCAGUUCCUGGAGCAGUUUCCAUGCAGCUUCGAGUACCGACAGUGCUUCCUUAUAACGCUAUUCGAGCACGCCUAUGCCAGUCAGUUUGGUACGUUCCUAUGUGACAGUGACCGAGAGCGAUCCACCCUAGGCGUUUAUGAUCAAACGACCAGUUUAUGGUCGUGGAUGAAUCAGCCUGAAGAGUUAGCUGUUUAUAUCAACCCCUUGUAUGACCCCACGCAUGACGUCAUCUGGCCGUCUGUGGCGCCCAUGAGCUAUGUUAUAUGGGAAGAGCUCUAUUUACGCUGGUUGGUGAAACAGCGUACAGAGGAAAAGGAGGAACAGUACAGAGUAAUUCGAACCAGAGAGCAAGCGUUAAGGGCUCAGGCCCAACAAUUACGUCGAGAACUGAAUGAUCUUGCUCAGCAGUAUUAUUCUCAAGAUAAGUGA